GUACAUAUAUGUGUUUAACAAAUCUGAAAAUGUAUACUUCUUCCAUGUUUUAAAAGCAAUUACUCCAAUACCCUAAAGCUAAACAAGAAACUGCUUUCAAGUCGAUCAUAACUGCAAACUGGAAUUCCCUCCUUGAGACUCAAGUGUUGUAUACCAAAUGCAAAUUAUUGGAAAUUGUUAGCCCAUCUCAAAUAACGAUAUAAACCAGUUCCCCAAAAGAGAAAAUAAGGAAGUCGAUGGUUUUUACUGAGAAAGUAACGGUUCGUUGGUUUUCUGAAUAGUUAUUUUGUGUCUGGCAAUAAUACUGACUGAACUGCAUUAGUCAAGGGCGUAAGUUAAGAGUAUUCCAUGAAAUUCGAAUCAAUAGGUACAAAAUAGCAACACCAAUUUCAAGGAGUUCACGAUGGUGUGGUCGACAAAGAGCGAGCCAGUGUUGAAUCAGAACAGGGUGAGGCAGAAGAAGGCCCCAUGGACUGGGAAAAUGUUACUGGAUGCCUCAACCUUACCAUUGCUGAAUGGAAUCCAUACACUAUCUUCUUGAAUUCAACACCACCAUACAAGGUCGUCGGGAGCAUCAUAGACAUAGUGGACAUCAUCGCUGAGAAGAUGGGCUUUUGCUACAACCUCGUGCGAGGGAAGGACACCGAUUGGGGGAUGGAACUGCCUGACGGGUCAUGGAGCGGCUCCAUUGGAAUACUCCACAGAGGGGAGGCCUCUAUGUCAGCUACAGUCUACUCAAUGUCGGUCAAAAGGACGAAAGCCAUAGACUUCGGCACCCCUGUCUACAUCAACGAUCAGACCGUAGCUUUUAAAAGGCCUGUUCUGGGACACGACGUUACUGGUUUCAUCAAACCUUUCCAUUAUAAUACAUGGAUAGGAGUCCUGACGAUGCUUUUAACAGCCUGUGCAGUGAUAAGUGUCGUGCAGUUCAUCCACAACUGGAUUGUUAUGACGUCAAAUCUCCCUCCUAGUAAGAAGAAAAGUCAGUUUGAUUCAGUUGGAUUUCAUCACUACCAAUGGUCUUUCGGCAACCUUAUGGGACAAGCGCCAGAAUGGGAGCCCAAGGGUGACUCCGUGAGGGUCUUCGGAGCCAUGUGGCUUCUCAUGGCAUUCAUUUUGUCCAACUACUACUGCUCCAACCUGCGAGCCAUCCUCAUCACGCCAAAAGUCGUUUUACCUUUCAACGAUUUCUGGGGACUGGCGAAGACAAACUUCCUCGUGUGGGCUCCCAAAGGAAGUCGGUUCAACGAGGCAUUGAAUAAUGCUGAGGAAGGAUCGAAGCUGGCCGCCGUCAGGAAGAACAUCAUCCUGACGAGGAACAUUACGGAAGGACCCGAAGGACUCUACGAAGGGAAAUGGGGCGUGGUCGAUGUGAGGGGAGCAGUCAUCUAUUACUUACACCACGACUACUCUCAAAAAGGGUAUUGUCAAUCCUAUAUCAUCGAAGACGGCGUACUGCGAACAACGAGCCUCUCUUUCGGAUAUCCAAAAGGAUCAACCAUGAGGCCGAAAGUGGACGACAUUGUCAGAAGACUCCAAGAGUCUGGGAUCAUCGACCAAAAGUUUCGCUGGCGCGUCCGAAACGCCACCGAGUGCUUGAAACCGAUCGGGUCGGGAUUCUCCGACACUCAGCGCGCUAUGGCCUUACCCGAUUUCUAUGGAGUCUUUGCCAUAUACUUGGGAGGAACAGCACUGAGCAUGUUAGUCUUUGGUUGGGAGCUGUGUGUCUCUGCUACGUGUGGCUCCAAGAAAAAAGUCCACAUAUUAUCAUUCCACCGCUUUUCCCGGAGCCGCGGUUUGCAAGACGGACAAGACAAACCAUCCGAUCCCGCCAAUGAGGACAAGUUGAGCGCACACGAUGAGCAGUAAUAUGUGAUGUGGUUCUAAUCCUUCACCUUUCAUUCAAGUAAAGGAGUUCCGAGGGUUACCUUAUUUGGUAUGUACUCGAUAAAGAUAAACUUCACUCUGCAUUUCAGUUUAACAAGCAAGUUAAUUCUUGAGGAAUAUAACCUCAAAACAAUGGAAGUAAAUGUUCUUGUACCAUAUGCAUAAUAAAUAAAUUCCAACAUUAAAUAGAGUAGACACUGAGCAACUAGCAGUCAUCAUAAGUAUAAGUAUUCAUAUCCACUUUGAUGAAAUGCCAUAGUCACACAUUUUGAUUUAGCACAAAACUGAUGAUUAACAGUGCACAUAAAGAGAUAACGCUUGUAAUAUUUCAACAUCAUUAAUAAUAACUGAAUUCCUCAUUUUCAGUUAAAGAAAGGGCUCAUAAGGGAAUUUUCCAAUUCAAUGCAGUCCUGUACAAAUCUGUACAAACUGGUACCCAAAACACUGUCAGGCUAGAGUAGAUUCACAUCAACCGUGCAUUUGAUGUCCAAGCCAGUCCCUUACGACGCUCCUGAUUGGCUGUUGAUAAGCCAGUCACGGGCUGGAAACUCUCAGUCUCUCGAGAGAGUUUACAUAGGCAGGAUGUAUGUUCCACCUCUCCUGAGGGAUACUUUUGAAGGACGGAUCCUCCAGGAGAGGUGGAAGAUAGAUCCUACCCAUGUGCACUCUCGAGAGAGACUGAGAGUUUCCAGCCCCGUGAUUGGCUUAUCAACAGCCAAUCAGGAGCGUCGUAA